AUGUCCCGCCAUGACGAACGCGAAGCUGAGGCGUACGAGCUCACAGACGUGGAGGACCUCGACGAGUUCGAGCAACGCCACAAGCCCCGCCAGCGCACGUCGGUAGACUCGGACGAGAACGACGAGAACAUCGCCCUUCUUGCGUCUGACGGCGAGGUCCGGCGAGAUGAAGUCGUCGGCAAGGGCAGCAAAGUCGAGCAGCUCAUUGAUAGCUCGAACGCACCCAGCUUCUCGACCUACUUUGUCAUUCUCGCCACAUACCCACUGGGCCACUUCUUCGCGAACGAGCGCUUCUUCCCACGCGGAAGGCGGAUACUGGGUAUCACGAUCAACCCGGGGCCGUUCAGCAUAAAGGAGGCGAUUCUCGUCAGUUCGGGUGCCAGCGCGGCGUACGCAGCCGACAUCCUCGCCAUCCUCGACCUGUACUUCAAGAAGCCGCUCGGCCCGCUGCCGUCCAUCGUCCUCCUGCUCACGACGCAGUGCAUCGGAUUCGGUCUUGCAGGUGAGCUAUCAAUGUGUCCAGAGCUAAACCCAGGCAUUCUGUACAAUGUCCUCGUCGCCCGGCCGGCGAUGUACUGGCCGUCGACACUCGUCAUCGUGCAGCUCUUCACAACGCUGUUCGACGAGACUGCGUCGGCUAGCUCGUCUGCCGCGCGCCGCCUAACCUCGAAGCGUCUGCAGGUGUUUGUGCUGAUCUUCAUCGCCACGUUCAUCUACCAGAUCGUCCCUAUCCUCCUCGUGUUCAACUUCUGGAACGCGCGCGACUUCCCCUCUCCAACGUCAGCGGGCCUCUUCAACACGGCCUACGCCAAGUUUGACGUGCCGGCGGUUUUGAGCCCGGACCUCUCCCUCGACGACGCCAAGUGGGAGACGGCGCAGCCCAUCCUCCUCACGCCGUACUUUGCCAUCACGUACGGGCUCGCCUUUGCCGCCGUGAGCAGUGUCGUCGUGCAUGUCUGGAUGUGGCACAGGAAGGAGAUCAAGGAGGCGCUCCUCGACAAGGCGCCUUUGACGGAUACGCAUAAGCGUAUCGCGAGGUGCCGCAUUGGUGGUACUUCACCAUGCUGGGCGUGA